GGGUAACAGGCGGCGUCUGGGCACUGGAGAGACGAUAAUUUAUUUUGAUGCUAAAGUCGUCAGCAAUGGGAGAUGGGACAGUGCAAGCAGAGACUGAGGAUCACCAGGCAACUGAGCAACUCCCCUGUAGUGAAGAAACAGAAGCUGUGAGAAGUGAAGGAGAAAGUAAACUUCAGAAAGAUGACCAGCUGUCUGAACAGGAAGCAACUAUGAGCAUGGAGAUCCAUGAACUCAAUUCCAGACAAACUCAGGGAAAAGCCAGGAAGGACUCAGGACCCAGCUCAGUUAUUCCAGCAGUCACCUUGUCAGCAAUGGGAGAUGGGAAAGUGCAAACAGAGACUGAGGAUCACCAGGCAACUGAGCACCCCCCCUGUAGUGAAGAAACAGAACCUGUGAGAAGUGAAGGAGAAACUAAACUGCAGAAAAUUGACCAGCUGUCUGAACAGGAAGGAACUAAAAGCACAAAGAUCUAUGAACUCAAUUCAGCAAAAUGCAAGGAAAAAGCCAAGAAAGAUGCGGGAUCAAGCUCAGUUAUUCCAGCAGUCACCUUGUCAGCAAUGGGAGAUGGGAAAGUGCAAACAGAGACUGAGGAUCACCAGGCAACUGAGCAGCUCACCUGCAGCGAAGAAGCCGAACCUGUGAGAAGUGAAGGAGAAAGUAAACUGCAAAAAGGUGACCAGCUGCCUGAACAGGAAGGAACUAAGAUAAUGGAGAUACAAGAAGUUAAUUCACCAAAACAUGAGGAAGAAGCCAAGAAGAACUCAGGAUCCAGCUCAGUUAUUGCAACAGUCACUUUGUCAGCAAUGGCAGAUGGGAAAGUACAAACAGAGACUGAGGAUCACCAGGCAAUUGAGCAGCUCUCCUGUAGUGAAGAAACAGAACCUGUGAGAAGUGAAGGAGAAAGUAAACUGCAAAAAGGUAACCAGCUGUCUGAACAGGAAGGAACUAAGAUAAUGGAGAUACAGGAAGUCAAUUCAAGAAAAACUCAGGAAAAAGCCAAGAAGGAUUCGGGACCCAGGAUGACAAAGCAGUUCCUGCGGCAGCACUGUAAAGAGCAGAAGCUCUACCAGACACCUUACCUGAAUGACACGCUCUAUUUACACUUUAAAGGUUUCUCCUCUAUUGAGAACCUGGAGGAGUACAUUGGCCUGAGGUGCCUCUGGCUGGAGUGUAAUGGCCUGUUGAGAAUUGAGAACCUGGAUGCUCAGACUGAGCUCCGUUGCCUCUUCCUGCAUCAAAACCUCAUUCAUAAAAUAGAGAACUUGGAGCCGCUGCAGAAACUGGACUCCAUCAACCUGAGCAACAACUACAUCAAAACCAUUGAGAACCUCUCCUGCCUGCCAGCACUCAGAACACUACAGCUGGCCCACAAUCAGCUGUGCACGGUGAAGGACAUUGAACACUUGAAACAGUGCGAUAGUCUGAGUGUCCUGGACCUUUCACACAACAAACUGGGCGACCCUGACGUUAUCACUGUCUUUGAGGUGAUGCCUAAUCUGCACGUGUUGAACCUGAUGGGGAAUGAAGUAAUUAAGAAAAUCUCUAACUACAGGAAGGUGUGUACCGUGCGCCUGCACCAGCUGACAUACCUGGAUGACAGACCAGUCUUUCCAAAAGACAGGGCAUGUGCAGACGCCUGGGCUCGAGGAGGAUGGAAAGCCGAGAAGGAAGAGCGAAUGCAGUGGGAAACGAGUGAGCGAAAGAAGAUCCUGGACAGUCUUGAUGCUCUGUCAGCAAUUAAGAGGAAAGCUGAGGAGAAACUUAGACUCCAAGAAAUGGAAGAAAGAGGUGAAGAGCUUCCUUUGGAGUCCAGUAUGUCUGCGGUAACUCCGUUUUAUUCAAGUGUAGACAGCCAACAAAAGAUUGAGACAUUUGUGAAUGAUGUAGUAAAAAUCCAGGAGGAGACCUUGGCAGACCAGCAGCAAGAAGCUGAAAGAGAAAGAGCCAAGACAGAUCCCAAGGAUCAACGGAAAGGAUCAAGUAUGGAGAUGGUAGAUCAGACUGCUUUACCUUACAGUUUGAAUGCAGAGAAGAAUACUGAGCUCGUGCAGUUAGAGGAAGGGAUUUUCUCACCAUCACUUGGCACUUCUGACCGACUGCAGAGCACACUCUUCGGCAGUGAUACUGCAGAUAUAUCGUCAAACAAGGUGGCCGCUGAGAGGGUUCCAGUGAUGGAACUGGAAAAGACGGACAUGAUACGGACCAUCUGUUUAGAAGGGAAGGAAAAGCUGUACAUAGAUGAUCUACCUGACUUGGAAGAUAUAGAUGUGAGUGACUCAUCAGAACCUGAACAGACCUCAAGCUACAAGAUUGUCUAUCGGCCAAAGAUUGAAUUAAUUGCUGCCGGUAGUGAUGAUAGUAACUCUGACUCAGAGGGGGGGGUAGGAGUUCUCAAAGAGGAGGUCACAGAGGAAACAAAGGAAGAAAGUUCAGCAGAGCCAAAAGGAUAUGUUUUUGGAGGUGAGUCUACCCAGGAAAAAUCAAGUGGAACUUUAGAAGAGCCUGCGACACAAAUGCCCAUCAGCAAAUCAGAAAGCUUGUUACUGAGUAAGAGAAGUACAGAAACAGCAACACUUGAAUGGAAUAACAGCAACACUCCACCUGCAAGAGGUGAGGGAGUCCAGUCUACAAGGAUACUGAUAGAGGAAAUCUCCAGCCAGUCCGUUACUGAAUGCACCAAGCAAGUUAAACCACCAUCUCAAGGUCAUGGUCCAGAAGGUGAAAGAAUGAAGGAAGAAUUAGGAGCUUUGGAGCUUCAUCACAUCAACACUGAAGACAUUGAGUUUGGUCUGAACUGAGGAACCCAGAUAUUCCAUUGGUGAUAUCGAGCCAAUGAGCAAAGUCUACAGUUCACAGCAGAUUUAUCUAAUUGUUAUAGGUUAAGCAAAAAAUUGUUAAUUUUCUUUUAGUUAAUUAACAAUGUUUUAAAAUGUGCUGUUAAGCCUAUUUUUGACUGAUGUUUCAAUAAAUUAGUUUAUGCUA